GAUCAAUACGAUGAGUUAGUCUACAUGGAUCUGGCUAGCAGCCCAAUCAAGGAAUUGCAAGCUGCACUCUUUCCAGUUCAGCCUAUUCCAGGUGGGCUGACCACCCAAAUUCUCCAGGACAGAUUUGGGGUGAUCAAACGGGACCUGGACACUCUUCCGGUAACCACGGGGCUGGUAAAGUUCCGGGAGCUAGACGUCCAAUUAACGGAUGUGGUCGCCCAGGAACCGAGGUGGCCAACAGAGUGCAAGGUUUUAGCAGAGCGGGUCCGUCAUAUUGACUACACCCUAUCAAUCCCGGAGCCUUACUACUCCCCAACGGGAAGAGAACCCAAGCCUAAGCCGGUUAAUUAUGAAUUUGGAAGCCUGGUGUUCAACUACUGCCCGAUGAGCGCUACUAACUACUUCACCAGGUCCUACAUCGGAGGGACGGCUAUAGACUCACUGUCCUGCGUGGUCCUGGAUGAUGAUCUUCAAUUCGAGUCCAGGUUCAAGUCAGGAAAUCUUGGAAAGGUCAUCAAGAUAACAGACACCUACUACCAAUUGUACCUGAGGAAAGAUCUGUAUACUCAGAGACACAUGCAGUGGUUCUACUUCAGGAUUUCUAAUACUAGGAGCAGAAUUAUCUACAGGUUGUCGAUAGUCAAUCUUUGCAAGGAGGACAGCUUGUAUAAUGAAGGACUCAAGCCGUUGCUGUACUCUUUGAAGGACGCUAGUCUUCAUGCACGAGAAAAGCACACCCUGACCUUCAACAUAACCUUUCCACAUGACCAGGACACUGUCUACCUAGCACACUGCUACUCUUACACUUAUUCCGACCUCCAAGAGUACUUAUUCAAGUUGUCCAGCGACCCGGUCAAGGUAAAGUUCACCAAACUGAGGCUGCUCUGCCGAACUCUGGCAGGGAACAGUGUCCACUACUUGACCAUCACUGCUCCAGUCAACGAAGAGAGGAAAAAGAAGAAGGGGAUUGUCAUCAUGAAGGGGAUCAUCGAUUUCCUUACUGGCGAGUCUAACCAAGCUAGGGAGCUAAGAGAGCGGUUUAUCUUCAAGCUGGUUCCAAUGCUGAACCCAGAUGGCGUCAUCGUAGGAAACAACCGGUGCUCAUUGAGCGGCAAAGAUCUAAACCGGCAGUACCGAACAGUGAUGCGAGAAAGUUACCCCAGUGUCUGGCACACCAAGCUGAUGAUCCGCCGGCUGAUGGAGGAAUGCGGAAUUGCCAUGUACUGCGACCUUCAUGCCCACUCUCGGAAGCACAAUAUCUUUAUCUACGGCUGCGAGAGCAAGAGGGCUUGCUAUGGCAAGCUAGCAGAGCAGAUUUUCCCGCUAAUGCUUCAUAAAAACGCAGCGGAUAAGUUUUCUUUUGAAAACUGCAAGUUUUACAUUGAGAAAGGCAAAGAAGGAACCAGCCGAGUUGUGGUAUGGCUGAUGGGCGUUCAAAAUAGCUACACCAUGGAAGCUUCUAUGGCUGGAUCCAAGCUGGGUUCCCAAUCAGGAACACACUUUUAUGCUCAAGACUAUCAACAAAUUGGCAAGGCUUUCUGCGAGACUCUAAUAGACUUUUCUGAUGAUGAUCCUGUCAAGGAGAAGCUGAGGAACAAGAUCCUCCUGAGGCUGAUAAAGGAAGGCUCCAGCGCGGAUGAGCCAACCAACAUCAACCUGACCGAUUAUUCCAGUGAUAAAGGCGACUCUUCUGACUCUUCUGACUCUUCUGAGGACAAAAUCAUCAACAAGCCUAAUCCUGUGGAAAGCGAGGAGCUUGAUGAUAAUCCUGGAUUUCUGAACGUCCCGCCACCUUCUCCUCAGAUGACAAAGGCUCAGACGCUCCGCAAGCUCAGGAGGAGCAGGACCAAGGCCCAGCCGAGGGAGACUUACCGAAUUAAACGGAAGCUCAUGAGCCGUCAAGCUUUGGACCUACCCUCGACUGACCCUGGCAGCGACAUGUGCUGCGAGGAGGAGCUGGACAGCUACUCCAAGCCUCCUGAUGAGGAGAUCAAGAUCAGGAGUCCAAGGACCAGGUCAAUGAGGCUGCCGGUCAUGAGGAACGACAUCCAGGUGAAGCUCAGUGAACUCAGGCAGCAGAUCUGGACCACCAGGGUGCUCCACCAGGUUGAGGGGAAUCUUCUGGACACGGAACUGGUCCAGCUGGCCAUGGUCAGCAAUGAGAGCGAGGCCGUGCUUAAGUUGUGCUCCAAGAAGCUCAAGUCCCUGGAGCAGGAGGCUAGAAUGGAGACCAGGAAGCCCAAGAAGAAGGCUAAAGAGGCGUUGGAGAAGCGCAGCAAGGUCAAGAAAAGGACUAAGGAGAACCUCCAGCCCAGGGUUAAUGGUCUGGAGGCGUUAAAGUUAUUUGGAGUUGGAAAACUGCCUAAUUUUUUUCAUUGGAAAGUUAAGAAAAAAAAACAUUUUUACUGCUCUAUUUGCCAACAAAAUUUAAAAGCAGAGAAUGAAGUAUGUGACAACUGCGAAUCAACAAACACUGCUUAUUUCGUCGAAUUGCCUAUUAAGAGUCAGCUGAAAGAAUUAUAUCGAAGACCAGGAUUUUACGAAUGUUUACAGCAACGUUUUCAUCCUGAUGUAGAUGAUGAUGAUAAUCCUCAUAUCGAUGAUGUGUACAAGGGAAGUUUGUAUAAAAAAUUUAUUGAAAUUGGGUUUUUAGCGGACAGAAAUAAUAUUUCUUUGACUUGGUACACCGACAGGGUACCAGUUUACAAAUCCUCUAAAGUUAGCAUGUGGCCAGUAUAUUUAUCUAUUAAUGAGUUACCUUUUGCUGAGCAGACAAAACGUAUUCAAAUUACUUUGGCUGAUAAUCAGAUCAUAGAAGUCAAAGCGGUAUUACUUAUAGGAACUUGUGACCUUCCAGCAAAGUGUCAAUUUUUUAAUUUCACUUAUUUUAUGGGCAGUUAUGGCUGUCUAUCAUGUUUAUGGCCUGGCGAAACUUAUCGCUUGCCACCUGAUGGCAGUUCUCAUACUCAUGUUUAUCGGUAG